CGGGGUCGUGGGCGGGGGGGGCGCCGAGAGCGGCUGCGCGCGGUGGCCGGCCCGGGGGGCACAGGCGCUGCGGAGGGCGCCCCUCGAGAUGGCGGGAAGACCCCCGCCCCCUUCCAGCUCUCGGUCGGAUUAGCAGGGCGCCGCGGCUUCCGAGAACGCCGCGCGGGACUCGGACCGGCCGCUGGGUUCUGUUGUUUUGUUUUUCCUUGUUUUUGUUUUUGUUUUUGUUUUUAACAAGAGCAGCCCCGGUCCCGAGUUUCCCGCAGGCCCGUCUGGCUGGACGUGCUCGUUCGUUCUCCUCCCACGGUUCCUGGAAAUCCCACCUCCCCUUAGGGCCGGCGGUUCUGGUUUCCCAUCCCAGGUGGGAAUGUGAGGUUCGCGCUUAAACUGAAUGUUUGUCUUGUAAAGAGGGAAAUUUGAGCAAAACAAACUCAAAGGUGUCUGAAAGCUGGCCCCAGGCCAUCUUUCCCACCUUAAUCACCAGCACCCUGCUUUGGCUUCAGUUUGCAUACCAGCCACGGACCCACCAUAUGGCCUGCCUGUUGUUGUUCCGUUCCUUAAUGAUGCUCCCUCAGCAUAUGGUAACCUGCCUGGUGGUCUCAGCCCACCAAGAUCUUCCUGCUGUCCUGAUUGACCCCUCAGUGAAGUCUUCUCUCAGACACCCUCCAGAUUUCUCCCAACACCCACCCAGGUGCUCCCACAGUACAUGGUUUACACCUUGUUUACACUGUUGUAUAAAUAAUCUUAUUUUCUCCUUUUGGCCUCAUAGUUUAGAUAUUUGCAAAAGGCCCUCUCUCCAUCCUAACUUCCAGAGAGCAGGAAAUCUGUCUCAUUUAACUCUGUGUUGUUUUCAUCCCAUGACCCAGAAUCUGUUAGAAGAUAAGUUAAAUGAAAAUAGCAGUGUUUGUUGACAAACCUGAUGAUGAGUCUUAGACACCGCGGGGCUCUGCGUCACUUGAACCCAUUGUCUUACUGAGCUGGGUGUAUUUCACAGUGGUCCACAUCGUCCUUAAUUUGACCGGAUACUGGUUGAGUGUCUGCCACGUGAUAGGUGGUGGUCCAGAAUCGCCAGUGGGAAAGGUAGAUGGUCUUAGUUCUCAUGGAACUUAAUGCUCUGUUGGAAGGAGAGCAGUGGUUAAAGAAAAAGUCGACAGAUAAUGUUAGGUUGCGAAAUGUACCAUGAAGAAACAAAGCAAUAUUGAAGGUGAGGGGAGCUCGAGCGUCUCUGAUUGAGCAGAUGACGUUCAAGCAGACCUAAAUAUUGAAGGGAAGAAGUCAGGGGUGAAGUGUCUCUGACUGACAUGCACUGUCAGUGGCCUCGGUGGCCUCAGUGGCCUUCCCACCAACCGAUUGCGGCAUGAUGGACUGGUUAGCUUUCCUGGCCAUCGGAUGUCCUUAGCACGCUCAUCCGGAGGAACUUGUCAGGCUCUUUGCAACCCCGUGCUCUUGAGAGACACAAUCAUGGUCCAGCGAUCUUCUGACUGUCACACAUGGACUUCCAAAAAUCCCCAAAGGAAACUGUCCUCAUUACCGGAGGAGGUGGCUAUUUUGGUUUCCGAAGUAAGGGUUGCACCCGUGAACAUGGAAGGUGAGGGACUCAGGAUAAGCCUAGAAGGCGUGGAUCAGCCAUACAUCAGUUGCCUGGGCUGGGCUCUGAGCCAGAAAGGAUUCCAUGUGAUUCUGUUUGACAUCAGCAGCCCCGUUCAUUCCAUUCCCGAAGGAAUCAAGUUUGUCCGUGGAGACAUUCGCCACCUCUCUGCUGUGGAGAAAGCCUUCGAGGAUGUGGACGUCACGUGUGUGUUCCAUGUUGCCUCUUACGGCAUGUCCGGGCGGGAGCAGCUGAAUCGGAGCCUGAUUGAAGAAGUCAACGUGGGGGGCACAGACAACAUCCUCCAGGUCUGCAGGAGGAGAGGGGUACCAAGAUUCGUUUACACCAGCACUUUCAAUGUCGUCUUUGGAGGUCAAGUUAUCAGAAAUGGAGAUGAGUCUCUGCCUUACCUACCUCUUCACCUCCAUCCCGAUCACUACUCUCGGACCAAAUCUAUUGCAGAGAAGAAGGUGCUGGAGGCCAAUGGUACCAACCUGGUCAGAAGUGAUGGUGUCUUACGAACCUGUGCUCUGCGGCCGGCUGGCAUCUAUGGGCCUGGAGAACAGAGGCACCUUCCCAGGAUAGUGAGCUACAUCGAGAGGGGUCUGUUCAAGUUUGUGUAUGGGGAUCCUGGGAGCCUGGUUGAAUUUGUCCAUGUGGAUAACUUGGUACAGGCUCACAUUCUGGCCUCAGAGGCUCUGAAAGCUGGCAAGGGCCACAUUGCCUCUGGGCAGCCCUACUUCAUUUCAGAUGGCAGGCCCGUGAACAACUUCGAGUUCUUCCGGCCUUUGGUUGAGGGCCUAGGCUACACGUUCCCAUCUGUCCGCCUGCCGCUGACCCUCAUCUACUGCUUUGCGUUCCUGACAGAAGUGGUUCACACCAUCUUAGGUCAACUCUACAACUUCCAGCCCUUCCUCACCCGCACGGAAGUUUACAAAACUGGCGUCACACAUUACUUUAGCCUAGAGAAGGCCAAGAAGGAGCUCGGUUAUGAGGCUCAGCCAUUUGACCUCCAGGAAGUAGUAGAAUGGUUUAAAGCCCGUGGUCAUGGCAGAAGUCCUGGGAAUCGUGACUCUGAAUGUCUUCUUUGGGACGGGCUGAUGGUCUUACUCUUGGUUCUAGCAGUUCUCACGUGGCUGCCUACCUCUGUGGUUCUGUCACUGUGAGGGAACUAGAAGUAAGCUGAUCACACUUGCUGAGGUGGUUUUCAAGAAAUACAGGUUUAAAAUAUCUAUAGAUCUAAAUAUAUCUGUAUAGAUACCUAGAUGGAUAGAAAUAGAUUUCUGGUAGGAAAGUUUGGCUCUUCUGAUUGCUACUUCAGAAUAG